GCCAUAGAAGAGGGCACAUUUUUCAACGAGAAUCGGAAUCUUAGUGGCGAGCUUGAAAAUAUCCCCUUCACAGAAGAUCAUCGAAGUUGGGUACGAUGGCCUAGUGUGCUUUUCACCAACUUUGUCCUGAAGCCUUUUGAGACAUUGUCUUGGGCACUCGAACCCCUCAUGAGCUACAUCGCCGCAGUAUGCUUGUUUGCGGGGUGGCUUUAUUUCAUGUCCAGUAUACUUCCAGGGGACCUCCUUCUCGAGGUCUUCCUGGUAGUCCUUUUGUUUGCAACAGUGUCGGCGGUUGUCUGGAUGUGGGAUGAGGGGAUUAUUCAGUAUUAUCUCGCUUUUCCAGACACAGCAAAUGCUAGUGCCAUGUUCGCACUUACGAAUUUUUGGUUUGUAAUACCAAGGCUCGGGGAAUGGUUGGUGGCCCCCAAUUGGCCCCUGCGCAGUCGGCCGUAUGCCGCGGUCGAAUUGGACUUCCAAUCCGACAGUUGGAAUGGUGUAACAGGCGGAUCGAAAAAGUUCGCCAACAACAGCAGUCUCGGAGGAGGUUCUAGGCAUUUCUGA